GGAUGUUUUCACUUGAGAGAGAACUGAGUUGACAGUUCUCUUCCCUCAGCACUCGAAAAGCAUGCUUCUUCCUCCAGGCCUUUGUAGUUUCUGAUGAGAAACCCACUGCAGGCUUGCCAAAUUUGGGGAAUAUUCAGCCAGUAUUUCUUCAAAUCCAUGUUGAAGAAUAUGAGGACUUCUGGGGACUCCAACAAGAAUGCAGUCUUCGCUGGGCCCACCACUUCUCCCUUCCACACCCGGCCCUGGCAGAGAACAAGCCGCGCCCAGGAACUCAAGUAUCUAUUGUCUUCACCUGCUCAGAGUCGCUGACCCGCCCGGAGGCACGGAACCCGCUCGCCAGUCCCGGGGACGAGACUGGGCUGGAGGCAUCUCUAAUGAGUAAACAGCCAAGACUGCUAAAAGUUCUCAAUUGUUAAAAGCAUGAGCGCGAGUCGAGGAUGGAGGAAUAAGUGCAAAGUUUUCCUCUUAGAAAAACCAGGACCGGAGAACUCAGGGAGCGGUAAGUACCCCUGGGAAAGGACUAGCGCGCGUGGGCUCAAAGCCAGGACACAGCAGGUGCGCACGGUCGCCCGGAGUCCUGAGGAGGAAGGGCACUCCCCGGGGCCUCCUUGCCAGCACCUCGCAAGGACGCGAGGCUGGACACGGACCCGCGGGCAGCUGCUGCCCAAGGUCGCGGCGCCCCUCCCGACAGCCCAUUCCCGCCUGGGACACGCGGCCCCGGGGCCCCCGUGCGCUCGCGGCGGGAGACUCCCGGGCGCCUCGAAGGGCACGCCUCACAGGCCGCCCUGGGCGAGGGGCGCACGUUCCAACCACAUCGACCACCCGGACGCGCUGGGGGUCGGGGGCGCGGGGAGGCCCGUCCCCCCAGGCACGCACCGCCGGCACCAGGACGCUGCCGCCCACACCAGGGCUGAGGGCGCCGGGCGGAGGAUGGCGGGCCGGCACUCACCUGUCACGGCGCCGCCGAGCCCGCCGCCGCGCAGUGCUAGCCGGGCCGUGCGCUGCCACCGUCGUUCCCCAGCCACUGGGCGCCCAGGACGGACGCAGACACGCAGGACACCGAGUCUCCGCCCUGACGCGGCCCCCCAACCCGGCAGCCCGACGCUCCGCAUUUCCGGCGCCGGAAGUCCGGGCUCCGCCUCUGCCCCGCGCCGGAAAUCCCGCCCAGCACCCUCACACGCAGGCGCGGCAGGAAGUCCCGCCUCUGCCCCAACGCCGGCACCGCCGGAAGUCCAGCCCCGCACGGUAGUCCCGCGCGUCGCCCCCGCGGGCCGGGACCCCCGAGUGGGCCGCGGCGACUGUACAAACACAGUGGUGGUGUUCGGCCCGUGGCCGCCGGGGUCUCGCCCCAGGGGUCGACGCCCGUGUGAAGACGCCCGCAAGGAGUGCGCCGUGCCGGCAGGCCGGGGGCGCGGGGGCGCUGAGGGCCCGCGGGUACUCACGGCGGCGGGGUCCCGGCGCCCCGGGCUGGCGCAGGUCCGCGUCCAUCGGGACCCAGGUCGGGGCUGUCGGAACCGCGGGCCCCAGUCCUCACCGCCGCGUUUGCCGGGAGCCGCUUCCCGGGGCGGCGCGGGCAAGGCGGCUGCGCGGAGCCCGGCGGCGUCUGCGGAGGGUGACUCACCCCCUGCAGCCUCCUGUCUGAGAUGUGUGUUCGCCAUUGGCUACGAAGACGAAACGAAGUCAGCCGCUCGCUGCGGAAGGUGGGACUUGAAGGCCUCCUCGUCCUUGGUCUAG